GGAGGAGAUGCAGGACGUGACAGAGUUCAGACCUGAAGCGAGCCCGGAGCUGUCUGCGGUGCUGAACAGCUGCUGCUGCAGGAUCAUCGCCACACCGUGUUUCUGACCACAUGUCCUCAGCUGUGAUACCAGCCGGAAAGUAUCUUGAUGAGCGAAUUCCCACAUGAAGAGGUUCCUGGUGACUCCGGAUGAAGAUGAAGAUAUAAAAAUAGAAGCUCUUUCAGUAAAUCAACAACUCAUUGCAACACGGCCAAACCAUUCAAGUGAUUGAAUACAAAAACGUUCUCUGAAGCACCACAACACGGAUCAUUUACAGCCUGAAGGCACUUUGAUAGAUCUAUGGAACAUCUUCAGCCACUUGAUUGAGAUUUAUACUUAAUCACAAUAAAUGCCCCUCUAGGGCUGCUAUUGGAUGACACUUAAAAUAUCGACACACUGAGGACCGUGCAGAUGGUUUGAAGGUGAAGUAGUGACCUCAGCUUUUGUGUUGUGAGCUUCUCUUGAGAGCAAGUGAGUCUAUGUGGGAGAAAGAAAGCGGGACACCUGGACACCAGCCAGUUAAAUCUAAUUAAACCUCACUGAGCAUGCCUCAGCUUGCUGUUCGGCUCACCAGAGGGCUUAUUAAUUUGCACUGCUGAUUUGCCCCGUGUUAUUUCUGCUGGAACUAACAAAUUUCUUUGCCCUAUGUGCUUGUGGGAAACGCUGUUGUUGAGUUCAAUCUGUUGACAUCUGCCAGAUUUCACUAUGUGAUCUCCCUCCGGCUUUAGAAUUCACACUCAAAAACAAAGAUGACCCUGCAGAGCCACGCCAUUCCUCAUAGCUUCUGACUGCAAAAUAAAACUUUAAAAGUGAACGAUUUCUACCUUCAAAACAUUCCCUCACUUCCAAGAUGAGUGACACCAACUACUGGGUUGUGGACUAUGAGCUCUCCUCUCCUGCUCCGCCCGGGUUCCCCAGGGGCCCGACGAUGCUACAGCCCAUGGCAGGGCACCCCGAGCAGGGAACGGCCCUGUGUUUCGUUGGCCUCCUCGUGCUGCUGCUGCUCUUUCUGCUUGUUCGCUGCGUCCGUAUCUUGUUAGAUCCCUACAGCAGCAUGCCGGCAUCAUCAUGGACGGACCAUAAGGAGGGGCUGGACAGAGGGCAGUUUGAUUAUGCACUAGUGUAAAGACGAGGCGAGAUCGGGAGAUGAGGAGAGUGAUGUGUAAAGGUUCUUUUGAGGGACUUUUGAUUGAUGAGGUUUUUUGCAUGCCCUGCUAAAAGCUUCUAUUUCCAGAGUUUCAGCUCCUGAAAAUGAAAGAAACUGCAGUAUGUUACAGUAUAUUAGGUUGGGGUAAUCCAAGCUGUCAAGAUAACAGCAUAAAAACCAUUAAACAGUACCUGUAUACGGAUUAAAUGCAGCAGGGCAGAGAGAAAAGGAGCAGACACACCAGAAGUCCUGCAUCCAUUUUAAUUUACAAUAAUUAGUAUUAUUGGAGACUUAUGAUGUUACACUGCAGGGUUUAGAGUGACAAACACUGCAGGAAGACUGCGAUCAGUAUCGCAGCAUUACAUUUAUCAUGUCAUUUUGUAAUUCUAUAAUGUUUUUUCAAAUCCCAGGGCUGAAUUAUAAAUAGAGAGCAGAGCUGCUGCAAGAGAGGUCCUGAUUGAAUAAAAGAGAAAUUAAAUUAGUUUAGGGCAGACAUAGAAGUCAUUUAAAGAGAAUUGAUAUGUGCUGUUACUGAAGAUUUAGAGACAAGACUGCCAACUUUAUGUGUUGAUUAAAUGUUAAAAAUGUCCUCUGCAGCUUUUGUUUUGGAGCUUUUUUUGGAAGUGCAGCUGAACCAAACAUUUAGAAGAUGUCAUAGUUUCUCUGGAACUGGAAACCUUUUUUUAAAUUUAUGUUUAAUGUAAACCAUGCUGGAUACUGUGAGGCAUUUCUACCGCCUCUAAGAUGAUCCUCAGGUAAAAUUAACCAACACCUCUAUAAUUUGAGGGAAUCACUUAAAUUGCCUCCUGAAAUUGAGCUUUAGCUGCUUUUUGUAUCACACUAUUUUCUUUAAAAUUCACUAAAUGUCCUAAAUUUUAAUCUUAUCCCAUUAUAAAAGCUUAAGUUUAUAAUACAUAACAGUUAAUACAACAUAUUUUAUUUGGCUUUGUGCAAUUUCAUGUCGCCAUCCCUUUAAGAGGCUUAUGAAGCUCAGUGCGGACGGUCACAGCGCUGACUGAAUAUGUGUCAUGUAAAGUUAUGAUUAUGAAAUGCAUGUACACCAAUUUCCUCCGCCUAAUCCUUUUUGCCUUUAGGCCCCGUCCAGUGCACCAGCCAAAUCUGUUCAACAGUGCCUGUAGGAAUAUGAGAAAAGCUAAAAUCAUUCAAUCAAUCAUCAAUUUCAUACUAAUGAUGUUACUGCUCCUUUUGCCACUUGUUUUGUAGUAUUGUUUCUGCCGUUGUUAUAAGUCCUUUGAAAUGUGGCUAUGAAGGCUCUUUAUAAACAAAGUUUAGUAAUGAUAUUUUACUGAUUUGUUAAAAAGUUGAUUUGUUUCCUUAAAGAUGACCAAAAGACUGUUUAUUAAUACCAAACUAUUGUACAUGGUCCAACUUCCUGGAUGUAGACUCUUGCUUGUAAAAAUUAGAUAUUUUCCUAAUGUUUCUUUAAAGUGGCACACUUUUUUAAUGAAAUAAAAGCUUUUGUCUUGA